GGGGCUGCUGGGCGGAAAAACAAACAAGUCCCGCUAGGUUUCGAGGACCCGGAUGAUCCCGCCCCCAGAGCAGAGCCGGAAGAGGGCGGGGCGAACCGGAAGACGGUGAAAUGCUUUCGGUAGGCGCUCCAUGGCUGUGAAGAUGGCGGCGGCUGCGUGGCUUCAGGUGCUGCCUGUCAUUCUUCUUCUUUUGGGGGCUCAGCCGUCCCCAUUGUCGCUCCUUGGUGUAGGACCGGCACCUGUCGCUGCUGCUGACCGAUCCAAGUGGCACAUUCCGAUACCGUCGGGGAAAAAUUAUUUUAGUUUUGGAAAGAUCCUGUUCAAAAAUACCACUAUCUUCCUGAAAUUUGAUGGAGAACCUUGUGAGGUAUCUUUGAAUAUAACCUGGUAUCUGAAAAGUGCUGAUUGUUACAAUGAAAUCUACAACUUCAAGGCAGAAGAAGUGGAGACAUAUUUGGAAAACCUUAAGGAAAAAAAAGGCUUGUCUGGGAAAUACCAGACAUCAUCAAAAUUGUUCCAGAACUGCAGUGAGCUCUUUAAAACACAGAGCUUUUCUGGGGAUUUUGUACAUCGAUUGCCUCUCUUAGGAGAAAAACAAGAGGCUAAGGAGAAUGGAACAAACCUUACUCUUACUGGAGACAAAACUGCAAUGCACGAUCCACUGAAAACUUGGCAAGAUGCACCAUACAUUUUUAUUGUACAUGUUGGCAUUUCAUCCUCAAAGGAAUCCUCAAAAGAAACUUCACUUAAUAGUCUUUUUACCAUGACUGUUGAAGUGAAGGGUCCGUAUGAAUAUCUCACGCUUGAAGAAUAUCCAUUGAUGAUUUUUUUCAUGGUGAUGUGCAUCGUAUAUGUCCUGUUUGGUGUUCUGUGGCUGGCAUGGUCUGCCUGCUAUUGGAGAGAUCUCCUGAGAAUUCAGUUUUGGAUUGGUGCUGUCAUCUUCUUGGGAAUGCUUGAGAAAGCUGUCUUCUAUGCAGAAUUUCAGAAUAUUCGAUACAAAGGAGAAUCAGUUCAGGGCGCUCUGAUCCUUGCAGAGCUGCUAUCAGCAGUUAAACGCUCACUGGCUCGAACCCUGGUCAUCAUAGUCAGCCUCGGAUAUGGCAUAGUCAAGCCUCGACUUGGAGUCACUCUUCACAAAGUUGUGGUAGCAGGAGCCCUCUAUCUUUUGUUCUCUGGAAUGGAAGGGGUCCUCAGAGUUACUGGGUCUUUUUCUUAUCCCUUGGCUCUGAUAGGAAACCUGGCCCUCUCAUCAAUUGAUGCCUGUAUUAUUUUAUGGAUAUUUAUUAGCCUGACUCAAACAAUGAAGCUGUUAAAACUUCGGAGGAACAUUGUAAAACUCUCUUUGUACCGACAUUUUACCAACACACUUAUCUUGGCAGUGGCAGCAUCUAUUGUGUUUAUCAUCUGGACAACCAUGAAGUUCAGGAUAGUGACUUGUCAGUCGGAUUGGCGGGAGCUGUGGGUGGAUGAUGCCAUCUGGCGGUUGCUGUUCUCCAUGAUCCUGUUUGUCAUCAUGGUUCUCUGGCGACCAUCUGCAAACAACCAGAGGUUUGCCUUUUCACCAUUGUCUGAGGAAGAGGAAGAAGAUGAACAAAAAGAACCUAUGCUAAAAGAAAGCUUUGAAGGAAUGAAAAUGAGAAGUACCAAACAAGAACCAAAUGGAAAUAGUAAAGUAAACAAAGCACAGGAAGAUGAUUUGAAAUGGGUAGAAGAGAAUGUUCCUUCUUCUGUGACAGAUGUAGCACUUCCAGCCCUUCUGGAUUCAGAUGAGGAACGAAUGAUCACACACUUUGAAAGGUCCAAAAUGGAGUAAAGAAUGGGAAGAUGUGCAGUUGAAGAUGGGUAGUAACUCGGAAGAGAUCAGCUUCUGUGUCAAUCUUCUACACUCCUCCAUGGAAUUAAAGGAGGCAGUGAAACCUGAUCUAUUCCUUGACCUUUGUGCAUUGGAGCUGGUGAGAGGUGUCAGAACAAGGAGAACAUCUUACUGAAAACAAGUUCAUAGGACAAGAAAAAUCUACAAGUUUUUAUUUACAACAUUGAUGCCCCUUUCCCUCCCACACCCUGACAUGGAUGUUUAUGCAACUUAUGUGUGUUGUUCCUGAACCUUCUAUAACGUUUAAAUUGUUUAAUCUAUCAAACUAAAAAGUUUAACAUCUUCUAAAGAACUAUGACAUCAACGCCAUAAUAUGUAAUCUCCAGGAGCAACUGCCUAUAAUUUUUAUUUAUUUAGAGAGUUACAUAGGUGAUGGGGGAAAUUAUCAGUUACCUUUCCAUUUCCUGAGAAGCCAAGGUUACAUCUUACAGAGGUAAUUUUGAGAAAAAAAGAGUCCUGAGCUAAGGAGCCAUGGUUCUAUGGAUGAUUUAAAACAAAAACAAAAGAGUAUGUAAGAGAGAAGCAAACUGUUACAGUAUGAUUCAGAUCAUUUAAAAAAAAAAUCAAGUGCAAUUUUGUUUACAAAUGGUGUAUAUUAAAGAUUUUUCUAUCUCAGAUGUACUUUAGAGAGAAAUAUUAGCUUAACUCUUGACAUCUGCUAUUGUGACACAUCCCAUUGCUGGCAAUGUGGUGCACACUCCAGAACUUUUAACUACUGUUUUGUAAGCCUCCAAGGGCAGUGGCAUUGCGGAGUCCUAGGCAGUGCUUUGUUUGCCUUCAUGCCAUUCACUGGGUGUUGCACUAGAUGCAGAGAGGCACUCCGUCUAAGUGCUUGUGAAUGAGUGCCCUGCUAAAGGAACUGUAAUGCUUAGGAAGCAGGAGCUAAUACAAAGGAAACAGGUCCUUCUGGCUUAAUUGAAACAGUUUUUCCUGCAUGAAGUAGCGUGGAGGCCCUGGACUGCUGCUCAUUCUUUAGGAUCGACUGUUCUUAUACCUGGUGUUGGUUUAGAGACUGUUUAUAAGAGACAUCGCAAGGUGAUGGGAUUCAUUUGAAGCACUAUAUUUGUUUUAAUGGUUUUGUCCAAUUUUGCCUUCCCAAGAUUUUUGUUUUACGUAGAAAGUUCAUGCCACUUUUUAAUAUAAAAAAUUUUAACAAAAUUAA